AUGGACAGUUUCAACGUUACCUCCACCCAAAGCUCUGCCCAGGGCAAUGACACCAGUUUAACCCCAGAAAGCCCUUUCACUGCUGUGGAGGCAGUGCUCACAGUGGUUGGGUUGGGCUUCUUGAGCUUGAUCACUAUAAGUGGCAAUGUUCUAGUCAUGGUCUCUAUCAUGGUUAACAGGAACCUCCAGACCAUCAACAACUACUUCCUCUUCAGCCUGGCAUGUGCAGACCUUAUUAUUGGUGUGUUCUCCAUGAACCUCUACACAGUCUACACUGUGAUUGGCCACUGGCCAUUAGGGCCCAUCCUAUGUGACCUGUGGUUGGCUCUUGAUUAUGUGGUGAGCAACGCCUCUGUCAUGAACCUCCUCAUCAUCAGCUUUGACCGUUACUUCUGUGUGACCAGGCCGCUCAGUUACCCCAUCAACCGCAGCACCAAGACGGCAGGGAUGAUGAUUGCGGCCGCCUGGAUCCUGUCCUUUGUCCUGUGGGCUCCUGCAAUUUUAUUUUGGCAGUUCAUUGAGGGAAAGAGGACAGUGUCAGAUAAAGAGUGUAAGAUACAAUUUUUUACUAACCCGGCGGUCACCUGCGGUACAGCAAUCGCAGCCUUCUACCUCCCUGUGGUUACUAUGACGAUAUUAUACUGGCAGAUCUCCAAAGCCAGUCGGAAUCGCCUGCUGAGGAGAGAAACCCACAGGUUAUCAGGGCUGUGUCAGGAGGAGAGAGACCAGGCUUGUGUGGCCCCUGAGGACCAGAGGGUCAGGAGGACCAGCCAGAGAGCAGAGGCCAUGACCCAAGGACAGCAGAGUGGCUUAAACUCCACGACAGGGGAGGAGCGACACAGCGACAAUGACUCCACAUCGGCAAGUGCUCUGGCUUCAUCCAGUAACAAGGAGGAAGACAUGUGCUCUCUCAGGACAAAUGGUGACAUCAAAAACACCACACAUCAGUCCCAAGGUGAGGCCAGAGUUCGCUGGCCCAAACUCAACAGCAUCGUGACUGUGACCCAAAAGGGGGACAUCUACAAACCAUGUCACUCAGGGCAGGAUGCUGUCAGGCAAUCAAAGAGGCAGCAGAACCGUACGAGUUUGGUCCUAUCCAGAAGGUGGAAUGGCAGCUCCUCUCGAGAAAGAAAAGUCACAAGGACCAUCAUGGCGAUCUUGCUGGCUUUUGUCAUCACCUGGACCCCUUACAAUGUUAUGGUGGUGAUAAACACCUUCUGCUCAGAUUGCAUCCCAGACGGCCUGUGGACCAUGGGCUACUGGCUCUGCUACAUUAACAGUACAGUCAACCCCGCCUGCUAUGCCCUGUGCAACCGCACCUUCCAGAACACGCUCUCACAUCUCUUACUGUGUCAGUACAGAAAGAUUCGCACAGCUCGAUGA